ACGUGUUACCUCCCCUGACGUUGCACAAACUUGUUGCACAGCGCAGGAGGACGUCACGCGUCAGUGCGGCCCCGCCGAACAGGACGCGCUGCAUGAAGGAACACCACAGGAGACCACAGGAUGCCCGGCCCUGAAGUUAUGGUUGAAGAUGCGUCUGAAGAGAAGACCACUUGUUGGUUUCUGCAUUUUGGUUAUCGUCUGUUUGGCACUAAUGAACAGUUUUCCUGCAUUGCCUGUUGACAGAAAUGGAGUUACUGAUCAUCGACAAUCCCAACACAGAAAAGUAGUUCGACACAAGCGACUAUGGGCCCACACCCCAGACUCCAGUCCUGGCAUAAUCCAAAGUGCUGACCACAAAAGCUGGGAAUCUGGUUUGAAGAGUUACAGGGUAGACAUGCAAUCAUUUCUAAACAAUGAUUUAGGUCAGUUUAGCGAGCACGAAGAAUGGAAAAAUAAUCACUAUGAAACCAAAGUAAAGAAGUAUGCGGACAAAUUACGUUUACUUGCUGCAAGGAAUGCCAAGGGACAUAAAUUUAAGAAUAAUAUAAUCAAAGAAAUCAAAGAAAUCAAAGAAAUACAUCAUUAUUCAGGUCUAGUAGGAAUCUUUCAGGGCAAGGAUCUUCAAAAUCUACAGGAAAAUGGUAUUUUUCUUCAAAGGCCUAUUUUAGCUAAAAACAAUCAUUUGGAAAAUUCCAAAGCUAAAAUCAAAAUCCUGGUCAAAAACGUUUCAAUACCAAAAUCACACCAGAAAAAAGAUGAACAUGUGUUUCCAUUAGGUAGGUUUUCAGCUUUGCUUGGAGAAGACACUGCAAGUAAUGGGGAAAGAGCCAGGGAGAGCAUGAGUAAUAAAAUGGCUCUAUUCCAGGACUCUUUUGUAAACUAUAAAAAUCGUUUUAUCUCAGAUUGCAUACAAUUCCAGUCUGAAAAAUCUAAAAUGCAUCUUAAGGGAGACAGAUUAACUAAAAAUAUUCCUCCUUGGCUUACAUCUGAUGAUUGGCAGAAAAUGAAGUUGCUCUCCGAAGGGGAAAUAAUAGCCAAAUCAAGAAUCCCAGCUCAUGGACAGGUUCUUAAAGUAGGUCUUUGCCUUAACCAUGUGAAUGGAAAAUGUCAUCACAAAAAUCACUGCAAACAAGGCUUAUGUGGAUUAAUUAAAAGACCCAAUGAUUUAUAUGAAGUUCUAGCUUUCCAUCUUGAUAGGGUCCUUGGGUUGAAUCGUAGUCUUCCAGCAGUGGCCCGAUUAUUUACAAACAACUUAUUGCCAUACAAAUAUACCAAUGGAGCUCCAAGACCAAUUGUAUGGUGGGCACCUGACAUCAAACAUUUAAAUGAUACCAACAAUGAUCAGAAUUCUCAUUCUGUGAGCUGGCUAGAAUAUCAGCGUAUGUUAAAGCAUAGGUGUGGCAUGGAGAACUCCCUUACUUCCAUUAAUACAGCACCAUGUAUUGGCAUUAAACAUACAGAAUGGUCCAAAUUGGCUUUGUUUGAUUUUCUUCUACAGGUUCAGGAUCGGCUAGACAGAUACUGUUGUGGAUUUAACCCUGAGCCUACUGAGUCUUGUGUGGAGGAGCUGUUGCAUGACAAAUGUCACAAUCAAAAUGAACUUGUUUUAGUACAUAUUCUGAUUCGUCAUAGUGACUCUUCUCACUUAGUUUACAUUGACAAUGCUGGGAGGCCUAAUCACCCUGAUGAGAAUAUGAACUUUAGACUUUUGCAAGGAAUUGAUGGGUUCCCUGAAUUUGCGGUGCAAGUCCUGAGGUCCGGAUGCUUACAAAACAUGCUAUUAAGAUCACUGGAGAUGGACCAUAUAUUCUGGAACAGCCAAGGAGGACUGCAGGGAGUGAAUAAAAUGGUUGAAACCAUUGACAGAAGAGGACAGAUACUUUUGAAAUACAUAGAAAAGCACAGUAUACCACUUAUUCCACAUAUAUAAUGACAUUCUGCUAAGAACUGGAAAAGUAAAAACGUCAUGCAAUACAAACAUCAAAAAUAGACAAAUGAAAGCUGUUGUAAAAUAUAAAAAUAAGAAAACAUUUUAACCUAUAGGGGGAGAUUUAUCAAACCCCGUCCAGAGGAAAAGUUGCUGAAUUGCCCAUAGCAACCAAUCAGAUUGCUUCUUUCAUUUUUCAGAGGCCUUUUCAAAAAUUAAAGGAGCGAUCUGAUUCGUUUCUAUGGGCAACUCAGCAAAUUAUUCUCUGGACAGGUUUUGAUAAAUCCCCCCCAUAGUUUACAACACAGGCA